AUGGAGACGCUUCCAGCUGGUACUGAGCUGUUUACUCGCGUUCUAACGUGCCUCGAUGCAGUAAGCAUCGCAAGAUUCUUGCAAGUGGAGAAACGAAGUCGCAGGAGCGUCCGGAAGCUGUUCUCGAUCAUCGAAACGAUACGCUCUCGUGUGGCAUUAGCGUCUUUGUGUUUUUCUCGUCUACGUGUGGAGUUUCAAGCGUAUUACCAAGUGCUAGAGACUCAAAACAUCCCUCGAUCGAACGAUCCUCGUGUACCUCCCCGUGUGGUCCCCCUUUGGAGCGAAAGGGGUCAGGUGCGAUGA